CCCUUUUUGUACACGCAUGCGCAAAACAGUCACCAUUACAGAGCACUGAGAUCGUAGAGCAGACGAUCACAUUGGUUGAUGCGAUUAAGUGGCUAACAUUUGAACAGUAUGAAUGCAAUGACAUAUACAAUAGAAACUCAAACAGGAGAACAUAACGUUUCAGAAGAGGAGAACAUAAUGAAAACGGUCAGGUUGACAUGCUUGCUUGCUGCGUUUGCUGCACUUGCCGGAAGUUUGAAGAUGUUUUCAAUUUCUGUGUUCCAUGAUGGCAACACGCUGGAAACUGACACUGGGUCGGCCGCUGGUGUUUCGAAAACACUCAACUGUCCAGUUGUGAUGAGUUGUAAUAAGGCACUCGCGUCCUCGAUAUCCACAAUACCAUCUUGCCCAGCAGUGGCGACUACUGACCCUUCAAACAUGUUACAGAUGGUAGAUGGCGAUUGGGACAACCCAUCACCAGAAGGCGUUGAAGGUGCAGAUAAUGGGGAUGUAAGCGCUAAAGGUGCAGAUAGUGGUGAUGUAAGCGCAGAAGGCGCUAGAGGCGCGGACAGAGAAGAUAUUGGCUGAGAAGGCAAAGACAGGUGAGAUAUGGCCUCAGGAGGUGCUUGAGACACAGACAGAUGAUCGUCAGAUACCGGUAUGACCACAAAAGUCGCUGGGGGUGCAGACAGAUGAGAUAUAGUCUCGGAAGGCACAGAGGGCGCAGACGGAUGAGAUAUAGUCUCGGAAGGCACAGAGGGCGCAGACGGAUGAGAUAUAGUCUCGGAAGGCACAGAGGGCGCAGACGGAUGAGAUCCUCUCUCAGAAGCCGUUGGGUGAGCGGACGGUUGCAAUCCAUCAACGGAAGUUGCGGGUAUAGCGGACAUAUUGUCGAACGGGAAAGAUGGAGCAAAGGCUGAUUGAGCGAUUCUCUCGGCGUUGAAAGGAUGAAUCCCACAAACCUCAAAACCCUUUGUAAUGUUAUCUUUAUUGACAGUUUUUAUGUAUGCGUUUUUGAAAAGCCUGGGCCAUUCCCACUUGGUCACCAUGUUGUUAGGAGAGAGGCUCAUAAAAUCUGUACAUUGCCGAUUGUACUCGCGCUGAAAGGGUCCAAAGACAGUUUUAUCAAGCGGAUUUAAAUACUGUGUUGUGUGGGGUGGAAGGGCAAAUAGAUUUAUAUUGUUCUGUCUGGCAGCUUCUAUGAGACCUAGAGUUUCGUGGGAGCUAUGGCUGUCUAGGAUGAUCAGUUGAGGCCUCUCUGGUCCGCAAUGUUUUAAGAAAUGGUUCUCGAACCAUUGAACACCCAAAACAUCCUCCAUCCAUGCCUUUUUCUGGUACGUAAAUUUCGUGCCAUUUGGACUCUCUGAUACAUUAUAAGCUCGUAAGGCUUUUUCUGUCAGACCCUUCACUAUUACCAAAGGUGGUAUGUCUUCUCCCGCUGCGUUUAUGCACGCAAGCACCGUCACCCCAUCCCGACAAUUCCCCACUCUCCCUGGAACAUUCCUCUGUCCUAACUCUGCGAGGACUUUUGAAGGCUUGUGAGUUAAAGACACAUUGGUCUCAUCUAUGUUCCAGAUAGCUUUUGGUUUUUGAUGUAGGUUAAGAGAUAUUAGGGUUUGAUUUAACGAAUGGAAGUACUUCCUCGUCACCUCUAGAUUUAGCAUGCGCGCUCUCACAUUGUUAAGAGGAGUUGGUGAACGAAGGGACACGUCGGGAUGCCUCUUUGAAAAACCUUCAAGCCAGUCAUUCCCCGGUACACCAUUUCUAAAUGGCGACUUGAGUUUCAUGGCUGUGACGAGCCGAGCCAUUUUUAAACAUAAUUGGCUCCUAGUGAUGCCGAAGCCCAUCCGGCCUGCGAUCUUAAUUUUCUCCGCGACCUCGUUCUCGACCUCCAGUGGGAAAAAGGGACGCUUCCCUGGGCUUGAACCCUCCUCUACCCGACCGGACAAACGAUCUCCCAAAGUUGACUUUGGUACCCCAAAUGUUAUAGCUGCCUGUCGUAUAGAUAAGUCAUGAGCUUUAACAGCGGUGACAGCUUUGUCCAUUGACAUAUGAUCAUAUUGGACCCGGAUUCCUUUUCCUUUACGUGGCAUUGUCUUUGAUCUAUAUUGCGAAAAAAAAAACUUAUUAAUCGAAAUUUAAAACCAUGAAAAAAUCAGACAAAAAUCUGCCUCUACUUUCACGAACUUUCCUCAUAUAUAAUAUAUUAAUUUAAAAAAAUGUUUGUAAAGCUUUUGCCAGUUUAAAAUGAACCAAAGGCAAAAUCUAAUAUUUUUAUGCUUGAUACUAGUUUAUUAUGUCAUCUGCUGAUUUCAAUGCGUGUCCAAAACUACUAAAUGCUGCAUUUUCUUUUUGACUUGAGCAAGUCCCUUAUGUAUAAAGAACAAACAUGUAUAUUUUACUCAACUUUUUUAUAUGGUUGUACCAACAUUGUGUGUUUUAUUUGUAUGUUGAAAAAUGGUAGAUGCAGUCUUAAAUAAAGUUUGAAUGCCUUU